GAGUGAUUCUCUCAGGAUACAGAGCAGGCUUCAUAUUUAAUGAAAAUGAGACUCACAUGGAAGAUGGGACCAUUGCUGACAGUGUGGUGUGUAUUACUGGAGGGCACUGCCAUAUUUGCUGCUGAGGAAUGCGCUAACAACAAUUACAAGGUGAACAUAAAUGGACUUUCCGUAUGCUGCCCGCCAUGUACACAAAGUGAAAAUGGCCAGACAUGUCCAGAUGCAAGCCAAAGAGAGAACGAAUGCCGUUGCAGUCAAGGCUAUGGCUGUGACUCUAGAAGUUGCACUAGAUGUGAAAAGUUGCCAAUCUGUCAGAGAUCUCAGCUGAAGAGAUUCGAAAAAGAGACCACAAUAUAUGAGUAUUAUUGUGAAAACUGUCCAAAGGGGACUUAUUUUGAAGUAGAAAAUGGAAUCUGCAAGCCUGGUGACAAGCAAAUCUUCACUACAGAAAGUAACAGAGAUGGAGCUUAUGGCCCUGUAUCUUCAACCCAGAAACCUGAAAGCAAAUUCAACACCACAGGCAUUUUUAUAGAACCUUCUUUGAAUAAUUGGACAGUGCUGGCAUUAUAUUUGGCCGUGGCUGUGUUUAUUCUCGUGUUAGUAACGGUCGCCAUUCACCUCCUCAUAUGGAAAAUGAAAGCCGCACCACUAUUGAAAAUUGCAGGAGACCAAUUCCAACCUCACCUCAUCCUUAAAAGGAACGCUAAGGAAGAUAUUGAUUCCUGGAGCUGUCAAUAUCCAGAAGAAGAACAUGGAGAACAUGGAAUUAGCCUAGCAGAGAAGCAAAAUGUGUAGUGGAUCAACUAAGAGAUCUUAACCGAGAGAAACUAAUUUCACAAAAGAAUGAUGUUAUUUAUUGUUUGAAUCUAAGUAAUGAUAACCAGUCUUUAAGGAGAUAUUCGGACCUCAAAAUGUUUAAUGUGCCAGAGGAGCAUUCUGGUACAGUGGAAUGUUGUAGAUACUAAGGUUAAAAAUAGACACUUGUGUCAUCAUGUAACAUAGUACAUAAGGCCGAAAAAAGAGAUUUGUCCAUCCAGUUCGGCCUGUUAUCCUGCAAGUUGAUCCAGAGGAAGGCAAAAAACAACAACUGUGAGGUAGAAGCCAAUUUUC